AUGAAGAAGGCAGAAAUCAGAAUGAGAAGUACAGUCUUCAGUGGUGCUUUUCUGUUAUUCUGCCUCUUAGGUGCUUUAUAUGUAGUUGCCAAACCAGAGUAUAGAUUUGGAUUUCUCUUUGUCUCCCCCCCCCAGCCCCCGUGUCCAUUUCUAUUUUCACCUUAUUUUUUCCCUCCUAUUCUUCAAGGUGUUGGAGGUGUGAUCUGUAGGGCAUGCAACCUCUCAAUCCCUUUCCAUGGAUGUCUAUUAGACUUUGGAACCUGCCGAACAAAACCUGGUCAAUACUGUAUGAAAGAGACCCAUAGUAAAGAUGGAAUUCAAUGGUAUUCAGUUAAAGGUUGCACAGAGAGCAAGAAGGAGUGCUUCCAGAGAACUGUGACACCUAAUGAAGUUCACUCUACUCACUGCUGCUAUCGUUCUAUGUGCAAUUUCUGAGCCAGUGGCCCACAUCUUGGACUGGUCACCCCAAGACAGCAGCUACCAUCAAUUAGUCCUCUGCAAAAGCCUCAGACUUACAGAUUGUAGGAUUUAUGAUCUGAAACCAAUUUUGGCUUUCAAGAGGCCCAUCUUCUCCCCUACCAUCCUCAACUCAUCUCAGAAACAUCCUUCUAACACCAUCUUUCUCCUCUCCUUUUUCUGCUUAUUUUCCCUUCCAAUGAUUUCAAAGCUACAAAGAAGUAAAAAUGUGAGUGACUCUCUGAGACAAAUUGUGCAUAUCAUUUCUAGUUUACUAAUUUUCCUAAACAUUUCCAUACUCCAAAAUACAGGUACAAAUGAAUUGUAUCAUAGGAUACUAAGUGACCUGAAAGUGUUCAUUUAGUUUCCCAAGAAAACAGCAUCACUCUUUCAGAGUAAUUUAUGGUACAAGACAAAAUGAUUUAAUAAAUACUGUAGGAAAAAUAAGCCAGAAAUCAGCAAACUAGGCCUGUAAGUACUAUGAAACCAAAUGGCAAAGGGCUCGGGCAGGUGUGAGGGUUGCAACUUAUUUUUACCAUUUGUGUUGAGAUUUGUCAAAAUUCUGUAUUUCCAUACUUUAACCAUGCCUUAAUCCUUUGGCUAAUCUAUUUUUGGCCAAUUGAGAAAUUCAACUGAAGAAGGGGAAUAGGUUUUCAUCUACAAGGGACUUUUAAAAGGGUUGUGAAUAUACUUGGAACUGAUUUUUGAUUUUUUAAUGUGCCACAUAUUCAAUUAUUCUCAUUCAAACUCUACAUUUGUGACUUUAAAAUUUUUGUAUUUUAAAAUUUAAAGUUGUUUUUCUCUGUAUUUUCAGUUUGAGAAAUUCAAACAAUAAAUAACAAAUUUCAAUGAAACCUUCUUCCAUUAUUUUUUUCUCAUAACCUAGGACAACAUCUUACACAGAGUGGGCCUUCAACAAAUUUUUUCUAUAAACUUUGAAGCAAAACAAACAUUUAAAAAAAAAAAAAAGGAAACUAGGUACUUCCCAAAUACUCAUUUUGCCUGUAUUCCUUAAAUCACAUUCUGAAUCUAGUAAAAAAAAUUUUUUUUCUUCAUCCUGUGAUUUAAAUACAUUUACAAUUAAUAUUCUAUCACUUUCUGCAUCAGCUACAUUAAUAAACAGUGGUUAUCCUAGAUCAGUGAACUUCAUGGAGAUUUUACUUUUUCUUAUUUUUCAUAUAUAACUAGUGCUAUUUACCCAAUAUCAUAGGGGGGAAAAAAUGACAAGAUCAUAUAAUGACUAAUCCCAGAGGGCUUCCCAAGCUUAAUUCACAUUCAAGGCAAUGUCAUAAGAAGAGGACAAGGAAGGUGUGGUAUUUUGGUCACUUGCCUUUGUCAAGUCAGUUUGGUCCCUUUGCACCUCAUUCUCCUCAUAUAUAAGCUAAAGAGGAGUGGAUCACAUGAUGAUCUCUCAUAUCCAUUCAAGUUCUAACAUUACAGGCAAACCUCAGAGAUAUUGUGGGUCAGGUUCCAGAAUACUACUAAAGCAAAUACUGCAAUAAAGAGAGUCACAUGGAUUUUUUGGUUUCCCAGAGUAUGUAAAAGUUAUGUUUACACUAUACUGUGGUCUAUUAAAUGCACAAUAAUAUUGUGUAUAUAAAAAAACAAUGUACAUAAAUAGCUUAAUUAAAAAAAUACUUGACUGCCAAAAAUGCUAUCAUCUGAGUCUUCAAGUAAAUCUUUUUGCUGCUUUGGUCUUGCCUUAAUGGUGAUGGCU